CGCCCCCCACACCACCACCAUUCUGAUGUUUGACUUGUAUCUGCGUGAUUUCAUGCAUGGACAGGUGGACAGGUGUUCCUAAUAAAGUGGUGUGUAUAUCUGAACAGCGACAGCGGUUUGCCGACAUUCUUAUUUUGUAAAUCGUUUCCAGGAAAAAGUUUUUUUUGCCAAUCAAUCAAAUGCUCGGUUGGUCCCGCCCAUACUUACCUCUCAACAGUAGCAGCUAGUUAGCAUCAAUCGUAGGUUGUUAUUCUCCUUCUUACUCCUUGGAAAUUGAAUACGUGUGUGUGAGUGUGUGUGUGUGUGUGUGUGUGUGUGUGUGUGUUCAUUCCCCAACAACAAUCAUCUUAUCUAGCUACUUAGAUUCGGUGUGAGGUCAUGCAUAUCUCAAACACCGCUGGCUCGCCGUGUCUGACUUCCUGCUUCGAAAGCAAAUACAUCGACGUACCGAAUCCUUGCUGGGCUUUAUUCUAAUCCCGUGCCUGCAUUAAGAGACGUGCUAGCACGUACAGGAAGCUCAGGCUUUAACACAACCUCAGCAUGCUAGAAUAGAACGUGUAUUGACCGAUGUUAAUUCGUCCCUCAGGACUCCAGGAUGCCCCAGACGACGCCGUUCGCAGCGAAGUUUCCUCAGAACCCGUACGGAGGAGGUCAUACUCGCUGCAAACCUGUGGAAGAGAGCUACGGCGGGCUGAGAUAUCACGACAACAACCUCGUAUCCGGAUCACUCGAGGCUCUCAUACAGCACCUCGUCCCCACUGUGGAUUAUUCACCCGAUAGGUCGUACAUCUUCACCUUCCUGCUGAAUUCCCGUCUCUUCCUGCACCCGUUCGAGCUCAUGUCCAGAGUGUGUUACUUGUGUGUGGAGCACCACCGAGUCGGCGACCCUCAGGUCGAUAAGAAACGAAUCCGUGACAUCGCGCCGAAGAUCGUGCAGCUUCUCACCGAGUGGACGGAGACGUUUCCGUACGACUUCCGGGACGAGCGCAUGAUGCGCAGCCUGAAAGAGAUGACGCACCGGCUGGCGUUCGGGGAUGAGUUGUCUCGGAGAGCGAUGCAGCGUCUGAUCCAGCGACUCCUGCGCAAACUCACCAUCCUGGGACAGUACGAGGAGUCUCUGGUGACGUCCAGCACGGCGGUCACGCCGUCAUCGGCGACGGCGGCGGAGAAACCGUCCGCUCUGAAGGCGAAGCAGCACGUGCGGAGGGAGGAGUGUAUUCUGAACGUGUGCGACGACCCGUUCAUCCUCGCUCAGCAGCUCACGCAUAUCGAGAUGGAGAGACUGGGAUACAUCGGCCCUGAGGAGUUCGUCCAGGCGUUCGUUCAGAAAAGACCUGCUGAUAACCAUAAGAGUUUUUUCAGCAAAAGGAGAGUCAGUAAUCUUGAAGCCUACGUUGAGUGGUUUAACCGGCUGAGUUACCUGGUGGCCACUGAAAUCUGCUUGCCAGUGAAGAAGAAGCACCGAGCUCGAGUGUUGGAGUUUUUCAUCGACGUGGCUCGGGAAUGCUUCAACAUUGGCAACUUUAACUCCUUAAUGGCUAUAAUCACCGGGAUGAACGUGAGUCCCGUGUCCAGGCUGAAGAAAACCUGGGGCAAAGUCAACAUGGACAAGUUCGAGAUCCUGGAGCAUCAAAUGGAUCCGUCCAACAACUUCUACAGCUACCGUACUGCACUGCGAGGAGCCACUCAGAGAUCAGCUACGGCUCACACCGCCAGAGAAAAGAUCGUUAUUCCAUUCUUCAGCUUGUUCAUUAAGGACCUCUACUUCCUUAACGAGGGCUGCGCCAGUCGACUGCCCAAUGGGCACAUCAACUUCGAGAAAUUCUGGGAGCUGGCCAAGCAAGUGAGUGAGUUUCUGGCAUGGAGGCAGGUGAUCUGUCCAUUUGAGAGAGACAGGAAAACUCUGCAGUACCUCAUCAGCGUGUCCGUCUUCACAGAAGACGAGCUCCAGUUGGCCUCUUAUGAGAGUGAAGGACCAGAGAACAACCGGGAGAGAGAUACACGCCGCUCCCUCAGAUCGUCUCUCAGCAGGAUGUAGAUGCCGAUUUCUGGGAGCGUCGGAAGAGUCGGUCCUGACCGAAAUGAAAUAAAGUGAAACACUGCUCAGAGCGUUUUUGUUUAUAUGAAGAAAAAAAAAUUUCAUAUAAUUAUUUUCCCCCUCUGUUGAAUAAUGAGACCGGAUUCUCAUCACAGCGUCAUCUCCGUAUUAGAGAAGCAUAUUCAUCUCAUCUCAUGUACCUCAUGUUAAGCAGUUUGUGUAAGCUUAGUGAAGUGUUACAAGCGUUAUAAUCUUCUGGAUAAACGAAGAGCCCGUCGCUGGCUGACCUCUUCUGUUACACCGUGUAAGCUGUAAAAUCUAUUCCUAUGUUUUGUGUGUAUGUUUUGUAUGCCAUUUGAAAUGUUUUCGGGGUUUUUUUUGUAUGGAUUUGGUGGCCUCGUGUAUAUAAACUGAACAUUGCUUUAUAAAGAAAAUCUA